UUAAGUACUGUGAUAAACUGAUAAUCAAACAGUAUCGAAGAAUGAGUUCACAGAAUCUAAAAAGCGUGUAUAUAGUUUUGUUUUGUGUUCUGUUAUGUCGAAGAGGUGUUGAUUCACAGCUCCAAGUUGGGUUUUAUGGAGGUUCAUGUAACAUAGCGGAGUUCAUUGUGAAGGAGGAAGUUCGAAAAGGGUUCAUUGGAAACCGAGGAGUGGCAGCUGGUCUUGUGAGACUGCACUUUCACGAUUGCUUUGUUAGGGGCUGUGAUGCAUCAGUGCUGAUUGAUUCAACUACCUCGAAUACAGCAGAAAAAGAUGCACCAGCAAACAACCCGAGUCUACGAGGGUUUGAAGUCAUCGACAAUGCCAAGGCCAGACUUGAAUCUAUAUGCAAAGGUGUCGUAUCAUGUGCUGAUAUAGUUGCUUUUGCAGCAAGGGACAGCGUUGAACUUACUGGAGGGCUUGGCUAUGACGUUCCUGCUGGAAGAAGAGAUGGCAGAGUUUCAGUAGCUUCAGACACAUUCACAAACUUGCCUCCUCCAACAGCCAAUGUCAACCAACUCACUCAACUUUUUGCAAACAAGGGUUUCACACAAGAUGAAAUGGUCACUCUCUCUGGAGCACACACAAUCGGGCGCUCUCACUGCGGUUCUUUCAGUAAUAGAUUGUACAGUUUCAAUGCAACAACAAACCAGGACCCUAGUUUAGAUCCCAGAUAUGCUGCGCAGUUGAAGCAGCAAUGUCCACAAGGCAACACAAAUCCAAACUUGGUGGUUGCCAUGAAUCCUUCCAGCCCUUUCACAAACGAUGUAGCCUACUACGCUGACAUUCUGGCAAACCGAGGCUUGUUCACAUCAGACCAAACUCUCAUUUCAAACUCUGCAACCGCAAACCAAGUUAAUCAGAAUGCCAGGAAUCCCUUCCUGUGGAAUUACAAAUUUGCUGCUGCAAUGGUGAAGAUGGGCCGACUCGGUGUCCUCACCGGCAAUGCUGGUGAGAUUCGGGCAAAUUGCAGGGUCAUCAACUAGCACAAGGGAGGGAGGAUGGCAUGG